UUUCGGCAAUUUACGUCACCAAUGUAACCGCCAACUGUUUAUAUAUAUAGACGCAUUCAUGCAUCUAUAUCUAUUAUAUGAUUUUCAUAUAUAGCCAGUUCACCGGCCGGCGAGCACUUGAUCUCCUCCGGCUACAAUGGCCUUGCAGAAGCACCGUGAUCUUCACUUCGUUUUGGCGCCUCUCAACUCUCCCGGCCACUUCAUCCCCAUGAUUGACAUGGCCAAGUUGCUGGCUCGCCAUGGCCUGACCGUCACCAUUGUCACCACCCCUCUCCUAGCCGACAGAUUCGCCUCCACGGUCGGCCGAGCAGUCGACUCCGGCCUCGCCAUCCGGCUUCGCCAGCUCAGGUUCCCGUCCAUGGAGGCCGGCCUCCCGGAGGGCUGCGAAAGUGCGGACAUGAUUCCCUCUGUAGAUUUACUAAGGAACUUUUAUUGUGCUCUUUGGAUGCUACAGCAGCCAUUUGAGCAGAUGUUUCAGGAGCUUAAUCCCUCUCCAAGCUGCAUAAUAGCUGACAAAAACCUUGCUUGGAUGGCGGAAGCAGCCAAGAAAUUCAAUGUUCCAAGGUUUUCCUUUGAUGGAAUGAGUUGCUUCACUGUCUUAUGUACCCACAAUUUAAGUGUCUCCAAGGUUUAUGAAUCAGUGCCUGAGACUCAGCCGUUUGUCGUUCCCGGCUUGCCAGACAAAAUUGAAUUAACCAGAGCUCAGUUGCCAGGAGUUUUCAAUCCAGGCUCACUGGCAGUUCAAGAUUUUCGCGACAAGGUGAGAGAAGCCGAGGCAGAAGCCUAUGGGGUGGUGAUCAACAGCUUUCAGGAGCUAGAACCAAACUAUGUGAAUGGACUCAAGAAGGUGAAAGCUGACAAAGUUUGGUGCAUCGGACCACUUUCUCUUUGCAACAAUGAUGGACUAGACAAGGCUCAGAGAGGGAACAAGGCCUCCAUUGAUGAAAACCAGUGCUUGAAAUGGCUGGAUUCCCAGCAGCCUGGCUCAGUAGUCUACGCCUGCCUUGGAAGCCUAUGCAGGCCCCCUCCUUCCCAGCUGAUCGAGCUCUGUCUAGGCCUGGAAGCGUCGAAAAGGCCGUUCGUUUGGGCUGUGAGAGCAGGAGAGAAAGCCAGAGAGCUAGACAAAUGGAUUGAAGAAGAUGGAUUCGAGGAAAGAACAAAGGGGAGAGGCCUAAUUAUCCGUGGCUGGGCACCACAGCUGCUCAUCUUGUCUCACAAGGCUUUGGGCGCUUUCUUAACACACUGUGGCUGGAACUCAACUCUGGAAGGCGUCGGUGCUGGCCUUCCAAUGGUGACAUGGCCGAUGUUCGCCGAGCAGUUCUUGAAUGAGAAGCUGCUGGUGCAGGUUUUGGGGGUUGGAGUCAGUGUUGGGGCUCAGGUUGUGGUUCAUUGGUGCGAGGAAGAUAAGUUUGGGGUGUUGGUGAAGAAGGAGGCCAUUAGAAGAGCUGUUGAAGAAGUGAUGGAUGGAGGAGAAGAAGGGGAAGAGAGGAGGGAAAGAGCAAGAAAGCUUGGGAAAAUGGCAAAGAGGGCUAUGGAAGAUGGGGGUUCUUCUCGCUUGAAUGUGGCUUCAUUGAUUCAAGAUGUCCUCCAAUAAGUUAACGCCAAGUUCUAAGAAUCACGGGAUACUCUCUAAUUGGAAUUUCAGUUCUAGAGUUUCAAUGAAUUAUUAUGUUUAAGAGUUAAAAAAAAGGUAUUAAGAAUCGGGGGGUUCCAUUUACCCUCGAACUUUUGAAGUGAUAAGCAAAUAUGUAACUGUAAAAGAUUGAAGUAGUGCCUCAAUGGAUCAAGGGAUGAGAUUCAUGAUGUUCUUGCAAGUGUUAAUAGACUGCAACAUUUGCAUA